AUGACGACGCCGACGAAUAACCGCGACCGCGCCAACUCGGACGAAAAUGAGAAACACUCGCAGCACACAGACGACAGUCUGCAGACAGCAACCGAUCCCAGCUCUCAACCAACUCACCCAGAAAAGCUGACAAGGUUAAAUACCGACAACCAUCUUCAUAUCCCCCAAGAAACGCACGGCGGACCAAUGUCACCGCAAGACUCGCGGGAACAAGCAUCGCGCCUGAACGACGACCUAGAGCUGUUGCGCGCCGAGCGCCUGGUUUCCAAUCAAGAGCAUGAGAUAUCUCAGCAGCGUUCUCGCCAGGGUAGGACCCGCGAGAUGGAGCCCGAGGACGUCUUUGCUACCAACGGGCCCAACCCUGCCGAUGCCGCCAAGCCGCCACCCGAGAAGAAGGCCGGUGCCUUUGCUUUUGCAAUGUGGAAGUGGCUGAGAAAGUUCCCUCGUGUCAUCCGAUACUCUGUCUACAUGAUUCCCGGCGCCGCGCUCCUUCUCAUCCCCGUGCUCAUCGGCCACUUUGCCGUUGAUGCCAAGAGCGCCACCGUCGGCGGUGCCUACGGCGUUUAUCUCACCUGGUUCGGAAUCUGGCUCGAGGUUGUCUGGUGCUCAUUAUGGGCUACGCGCAUGAUUACGAGCUUCAUGCCUCUCAUCUUUGGCGGUAUUGCUAUCGUCAUGGGCUCUUCGAAUCACAAGAAGUGGAAGGAUAUCGGCCAGGGGCUCGAGCUGCAUACUGCCCUUUUCAUGUGGAUGCUUGCCAUUAUGUGCUCCUACUCGCCCAUCCUCGACGACCACCGCGUUCUGCCAGACGGUUUCAACCCGGAUAAAGACACGAAGCCUGAUCUCAAAUGGGUCGAUAUCGUCCAGAAAGUCAUCAUUGCUUUCUUGGUCCUGGCCGCCCUCAAUUGGGUUGAGAAGAUUUGCAUCCAAUGGAUUGCCACGUCUUUCCACCAGCGCACCUAUGUCCAGCGGAUCGAGACGAACAAGAGCGACAUCGACCAUCUAGUGCACCUGUACGAGCACUCCAAGAUGCGCAUCAACCGCGAGGACUCCAUUUGGCUCACGACUCAGAACGGCAACAGAUCAGGCGCCCGCACCCCAAUGGGUGUCGUUGGGAAGAAUGUUCGCACUGCCUUCAACAAGGCCGGUGGCGUUGCGGCUCGCGUUGGAAACGACUUCGUAGGACGAAAGGUCGCUUUCAAUCAUGCGCGCAAGAUUACCUACGAGAUGUUGCGCAACACGGGUUCCGCCCACUCUCUCGCUCGCCUCAUCUUCCGCAGUCUUGCAAAGGACGGCCAGGAGACCAUCUACCUCGAAGACAUGCAGGCCGCCUUCAAGACCUUGGAAGAGGCCGAGCACGCUUUUAGCAUUUUCGAUAAGGAUCUUAACGGCGACAUCUCCAUGGAAGAGAUGGAACUUACUUGCAAUGAAAUUCACCUCGAGCGCAAGGCUAUCGCUGCCUCGUUGAAGGAUCUCGAUUCCGUCAUCAAGAAGCUCGACAAGGUCUUCCUGGUCAUCAUUGUCAUCAUCGCCGUCAUCGUCUUCAUCGCGAUUUUCUCGAGCUCUGCCGCCGCCGGUCUCGCAUCUGCCGGAUCUAGCUUCCUCGGUCUCGCGUGGCUGCUUCAGGCCAGUGCUCAGGAGUUCCUUCAGUCCAUCAUCUUCGUUUUCGUUAAACAUCCGUUCGAUGUUGGUGACCGUGUCACUGUCUACGGCAACACCGGUACCACGGGAACUGGCGACGACUACUAUGUGACGGAAAUUUCUCUGCUUUAUACAGAAUUCAAGAAAAUGGAGGGACACAUCGUGCAGGCACCCAACAGCGUCCUCAACACCCUGUUCAUCCUCAACCAGCGUCGUUCCGCUGGCCUCGCCGACCCCAUCGAGCUUAAGCUUGGUUUCGGCACCGAUCCCGAGCUCAUUGAGGAACUCAAGUCUCGCAUGCUCAACUUUUGCCUCGAACACAAGCGCGACUACCAACCUCGUAUCAUCACCGAAGUCCGCACCCUGAACGAGGUUCAAUCAUUCACCAUGAACUUGAUCUUUUUCCACAAGUCCAACUUCCAGAACGAGCUUCUCCGUUUGCAAAGACACAACAAAUUUGCCGCCCAGCUCAUGGCCGAGGUUCGCGCUGUCGGACUCCAAGGCCCGUGGCAGGUGCAACCUGGUGGUUCCCGCAAUACUCCCUUCUACUGGGCAGGCGGCGCUCCUCCUUCAUACGAUUCUUCAAAGAAUGGUGGCCCCAGUGGCAUCGAGCCUGCGACGCCUGGCGGCGACGCUCACUCCAUUCACUCUACCACCCAGCCUACUGCGGCGAGCACUGCCGUAGCCACUCGGGCCCGCGCUGAUUCACGCACUGGUAUGACGCCUUUCAUUGACGACAACUGGAGCGACUUCCAGGACGUGUUUGAGGCUCGCAGGGAGGUCCACCAACCGCACGUCGCUCGUCUCCAUAGUAUCCGCGAGCGAACCGAUCUCGAACGGCCGGACAGUGCAACAUCAGGCGCCGCGGCGUCGAGAGCGAGCCACGAGUCUGGGUCUCAGCGUCGUCGCUUUUUUGGCCGGCCGCGGAGUUCCAGCAGAACCAAGACUGGCGACAUUGUUUAA